AUGAAUGCGGCCAUCAGUGCGGCCUUGUCGGUGGUAGGCAAGGCGCUGGCCCCUGUUUCGGAUGGCUUGUUGGAGAACUGGGCGGCCAGCAACAGUCUUGGCCCCAACAUCAGCGCCCUCAAGGGGGAGCUGCUGCGUGCGCAGGGGAUACUCUACACCGCGCACGACAGGGACAUCACCAACCCAGCACUCAAGGAGUUGUUGCAAAUGCUGCAGCAGCUGGCGGACGCGGCAGACGACGUGCUUGAUGAGCUGGACUACUUCCACAUCCAAGACAAGCUCAACGGCACCUACAAUGCCGUUGAUAACCAUCCCAGGGGCUCCAUCCAUAACCUCGGUCUCAAUGUGCGGCACACCGCUAGAGCGGUUGCCAACAAAUUCAGGCUCCCCUCAUGCUUGCGUGAUGCUAGUGGGAGUGAGCUUGACGACCAAGAAGAUGAUGAGGCACAAAACCUGCAGUUUAAUCGUGUGGAAAUGUCUAAACAGAUGGCACACAUUGUACAACAGCUAGAUCCCAUUUGUGCUAAGGUGAAGGAAAUUCUUGAUCUAGAGCUCCGCAAACCUACCCAAGGCAGCAUUGCUAGAAACAGACUGAAAACUACCCCAGCAAUAAUAGAGCCAGAGUUGUGUGGGAGGGAUACCGAGAAAAAGAAUAUUGUAGAGGGCAUUACCCAUGGAAAAUAUUGUGCCGAUGGACUCACCAUGCUUCAUAUUGUUGGCCCAGGAGGUAUUGGGAAGACGACUUUGGCACAACAUGUAUAUCAAGAAGUGAAGAGCUCUUUUGAUGUUAUGAUUUGGGUAUGUGUGUCUCUGAGUUUCGAUGCAAAUAAGUUGGCACAAGAGAUUGUGAAACAAAUCCCAAAGGUCCAUGGUGAGAUGAAAAAUACUAUUGAGGAAGAGCUCAUCGAACAAAGGUUAAAGCAUAAGCGGUUCUUGCUGGUCUUGGAUGAUGUGUGGACAUAUCACGAAGAUGAGUGGAAAAAACUGUUAGCUCCCUUCAGAAAAGGAGAGGCAAGAGGUAAUAUGGUUAUAGUCACUACUCGCAUUCUAGAGACCACAACAAUGAUAAAAACAGUUGAUUACUCGAUAAACCUGGGUCAGUUAGAAACUGAAGAUUUUAUGCAUCUAUUUGAAGCAUAUGUAUUUGGUCACCAACAGUCAUGGAAAAACCAUCCUGGAUUGCUUGAUGUUGGCAGAGAAAUAGUGGUCAAGUUGAAGGGUUUUCCUCUUGCAGCAAAAACUGUAGGUAGAUUACUAAGAGACCAGCUUACAUUGGACCAUUGGACAAGAGUUCUGGAAAGCAAAGAAUGGGAGUUUCAAACCAGCAACUAUGACAUUAUGCCAGCUCUAAAGCUUAGCUAUGAUUAUCUCCCUUUCCAUCUACAAAAGUGUUUUUCCUAUUGUGGUUUGUUUCCUGAAGAUUAUGAGUUUGGUAGCAAAGAGUUGGUUCACUUAUGGAUAGGGUUUGAUAUUCUGGAUACAUGUGAAAGGAAAACACUUGAAGAUGUUGGGCUGUGUUAUUUAAAUGACUUGGUUAAUUGUGGUUUUUUCAAGAAGAAUGGAAAAGAUGAUGGCAGCCCUUGUUAUGUUGUGCAUGACCUAUUGCAUGAGUUGGCAGUGAAGGUUUCAUCAUCAGAUUGUCUUACCAUAUCUAGUUCUAAUGUGAGAUAUGCACAAUCUUCCCCGUCUGUUCGUCAUUUGUCUGUCAUUAUAGAUGAGAGAGAUGUCAAUGAUAAAAUGACCUUUGAGGAUUUUAAGAGGGACUUGAGUACAUUACAUGAAAAGCUGAAAGUUGAAAAUCUACAAACUGUGAUGUUAUUUGGAAAAUUCCAUGGAAGCUUUGCAAAGACUUUCGGUGAUUUGUUUGCAGAAGCAAAAUCCAUUCGUGUUAUUCUUUUGUCUGAGGCAUCUUAUAAUUAUAGUCUGGAGGAUGUGUUCCGCGGCCUUCCGAGAUUUGUCCAUCUUCGCUACCUAAGGAUAACGGGAUAUCUUGCACAAUUAUGUUUGGACAACAAAAUACCAAGAUUUUAUCACCUGAGGAUCCUAGAUGUUCAACGCUGCAAUGUCCACAUUGGUGUUCUCAGAGCAAUGAGCAACCUUGUAAAAUUACGCCAUUUUCUUGUCCAAGGCACCGGUUUUGAAUUAAGGCAGAUAGGACAAUUGAUAGAGCUCGGUGGGUUAAUGAGAAUACAUAACAUUGAGAAUGUUGAACGGAAGGAAGAAGCAAAUGAAGCAAAACUGAUACGCAGAAUCCACUUAGAGAAGCUAGUAUUACAGUGGGGUACUUAUGGACAUGAUAUACAUUCUGUGCAAGAACAUAUUCUUGAAAGUCUCAAACCUCAUUGCGAUCUCCUAGAUCUGCACAUUGGAGGGCAUAGAGGCACAACUUGCCCGUCAUGGCUUGGUGGGAAACUCUCGGUUAAAAAUUUGGAAUCUCUUCGUCUGCAUGAUGUAGGUUGGACAAUUCUUCCACCUCUAGGAGAGUUGUGGUCUGUUGGUGAGCAUGGUGAAGAGCAUCAAAGUUUUAUCCCAAGUCAAAGCUUUCAAAAUCUGAGAAGGCUAGAAUUAGUUAAGAUACCAAGGUUGAGAAAAUGGGUUGAAAAUAACACUUGUCGUUUGUUCCCUCAGCUAGAAGUUCUCAUUGUUAAAGAUUGCUCUGAACUAGUGGAGCUGCCACUUUCAUGCUGUCAAUCAGAGCAAGAGGCGAACAUGACCUGGUUUCCUAGAUUACAGGAACUUGAGAUUACAGAAUGCCCAAAAUUAUUGUCGUUGCCUCCUGUCCCUUGGAACCCUGCCGCAUGCUCUGCCAAGAUAGAGCAGGUAGGAUCUGGUUUAAAACAGCUGAAUUACUCAAAGGGCUACAGUUCGGGGGCAAGUUUAACAAUUACGGGUAAGGAUGGUGAAGAUGGCAUGUUCUGGAAUGUGUUGGCAUUCUCUAAGCUAGCUGAUAUAAAAGUGCUGAAGAUUAGGAAUUGUCCUCCUCUGCCACUGGAUCACCUCCAGAAGUUAAAAUCUCUGAAGUCGCUCGAAAUAGAUUACUCGGGUAAUAGCAAUGUCUUGUUGCAGACUGACAGUGAGAGUGAUAUCAUAUAUGAGUUACCAAUUGAACGCCUCAGGAUUAGUUCUUGUGGCGCUCGUGAGAAGGAAUUGACACAGUUGCUUUCUCAUUUCCAAUAUCUCAGCGAGCUGGGAAUAACUGAUUGUGAAAAGAUAACAAGUGUUGGUGUGGUGGAGCAGCAGCAGAGGAUAAGAGUAGGGGAGGAAAUAGCAGUGGGAGGAGAAGCUGGACUUUUGCUCCCGUCUUCUCAUCUACAGAAAUUGGACAUCUAUGAGUGCCCAGAGCUGAGCCUACUCACCAGUUCGCUUCAAGACCUCCGUUCCCUCCACAUACGUGGUUGCCCCAAGUUCCUCUCAUCAUGCACAUGGCUUCUCCUUACCCAUCGCUGCCUCACAGAACUAUACAUUCAUGACACCCACAAAUUAUCCGCCAGUUUGGAGCCCACACGGAUGCACACACACUGCAAACUUCAGAAGCUAGACACAGAUGACCUCACAGGCUUCCUUGUUGUGCCCAUCUGCAGCCUCCUCUCCUCCUCCAUCACCUGUUUGUACCUUGCUCGCGAUCAUGAGAUGGAGCGCUUCACUAAGGAGCAAGAGGAUGCCCUUCAGCUCCUCACCUCACUUCAGGUGCUUAAUUUUGUCGAGUUCGGCAAGCUGCAGUGCCUCCCAGCAGGACUACAUAGACUUUCCAGUCUCAUGACAUUAAGGAUUUACAGCUGUCAGGCCUUCCAGUCGCUGCCGGAGGACCUCCCAACUUCUCUGCAAAAUUUGGUAAUCCACUUCUGCAAUUCCUUCAAAUUGCUGCCCAAUGUCAGCCUCCCAAAUUCUCUGCAAAAUUGA